AUGGUAAGCAAAAUCAGAUUCCUAGUGAUUGCAUUUGCUGUGAUAGCAGUUGUUGGAGCGGCUACUUUGCCGGCCGACUAUCUGCCACCAGUUGUGGAUAACAGUUUGCCUGUACAGGAAUAUUUAGCACCAGCCAAAGAAGCAGCUGAAGACCAAACAGUAGUGGGUGAUGAUGGAUAUCGUUAUAAGGCUGUAUAUCGGCUCAAACUUCGCCAUCGCCGUGAUGUAAACGAACUUCCUCAAAAUGAAUAUCUACCACCCGCUGAAGAGGCUAACGAAAGUGUGGCUAUUGAAACCGCGGAGCCCAGCGAUGAAGUUAAAACUGACUUAGCUGAUGAUGGUUAUCGCUACAAAGUUGUUCGUCGCUUGAAAUACCGUAAGCGUCGUGAUGUUGAUGAGCUCCCACAGAACGAAUAUCUCCCACCUACCGAAGAAGCUCAAGAAGCGGAAGUUGCAGAAGCUGCUGAAUCCGUUCUCACAGAAGCUGCUGAACCCGCUGCUGAGGAACAAACCCAAUUAGCUGAUGAUGGUUAUCGUUACAAAGUUGUUCGUCGCUUGAAAUACCGUAAGCGCCGUGAUGUUGAUGAACUCCCACAGAACGAAUAUCUUCCACCUGUCGAGGAAGCUCAAGAAACCGCGGUCGCAGUAGCUGAUGAACCCGCUGCUGAGGAGCAAACUGAGUUGGCUGAUGAUGGUUACCGUUACAAAAUUGUUCGUCGCCUGAAAUACCGUAAGCGCCGUGACGUUGAUGAACUCCCACAAAACGAAUAUCUCCCACCUAACGAAGAAGCUCAAGAAGCGGAAGUUGCAGAAGCUGCUGAAACCGCUACUGAAUCUGCUGCUGAAGAAGAGACCGAAUUAGCUGAUGAUGGUUAUCGCUACAAAGUUGUUCGUCGCUUGAAAUACCGUAAGCGCCGUGAUGUUGAUGAACUCCCACAGAAUGAAUAUCUCCCACCUGUCGAGGAAGCCCAAGAAACCGCUAUCAUAGAAGCUGCUGAACCCGCUGCUGAGGAGCAAACUGAGUUGGCUGAUGAUGGUUACCGUUACAAAGUUGUUCGUCGCCUGAAAUACCGUAAGCGUCGCGACGUUAAUGAACUCCCACAGAACGAAUAUCUCCCACCUACCGAGGAAGCUCAAGAAGCGGAAGUUGCAGAAGCUGCUGAAGCCGCUACCGAAUCUGCUGCCGAAGAACAGACCGAAUUAGCUGAUGAUGGUUAUCGUUACAAAGUGGUUCGUCGCUUGAAGUACCGUAAGCGUCGUGAUGUUAAUGAACUCCCACAGAACGAAUAUCUCCCACCUAACGAAGAAGCCCAAGAAGCGGAAGUUGCAGAAGCAGCUGAAGCCGCUACCGAAUCUGCUGCCGAAGAACAGACCGAAUUAGCUGAUGAUGGUUACCGUUACAAAGUGGUUCGUCGGUUGAAGUACCGUAAGCGUCGCGAUGUUAAUGAACUCCCACAGAACGAAUAUCUCCCACCUAACGAAGAAGCCCAAGAAGCGGAAGUUGCAGAAGCAGCUGAAGCCGCUACCGAAUCUGCUGCCGAAGAACAGACCGAAUUAGCUGAUGAUGGUUACCGUUACAAAGUGGUUCGUCGCUUGAAGUACCGUAAGCGUCGUGAUGUUAAUGAACUCCCACAGAACGAAUAUCUCCCACCUACCGAGGAAGCUCAAGAAACGGAAGUUGCAGAAGCUGCUCAAACCGCUACUGAGGAACAGACCGAAUUAGCUGAUGAUGGUUACCGUUACAAGGUUGUUCGUCGCUUGAAAUACCGUAAGCGCCGUGAUGCUGAUGAACUCCCACAAAACGAAUAUCUCCCUCCUAACGAAGAAGCUCAAGAAGCGGAAGUUGCAGAAGCUGCUGAAACCGCUACUGAAUCUGCUGCCGAAGAACAGACCGAAUUAGCUGAUGAUGGUUAUCGCUACAAAGUUGUUCGUCGCUUGAAAUACCGUAAGCGCCGUGAUGUUGAUGAACUCCAACAGAACAAAUAUCUCCCACCUAGUGAGGCAAUUCAAGAAACAACUAUUGCUGAAGUCACAGAGGCCGUGCCAGAAGAUGCUUCCAUUUUGGCUAAUGACGGUUACCGCUACAAAACAGUGCGUCGAUUAAAAUAUCGUCAUCGACGUGAUGUGAGUGAACUCCCCGGUAGUGAGUAUUUACCACCAACGGAGGAAGGUCAAGCGGUUGCGGAGCAACAACCUGAAGAGGAAACGGCUGUGCUCGCUGACGAUGGCUAUCGAUACAAAUACGUGUAUCGCCGUCAUUAG